AAAUUAAAUAUGGACGAAGAGCUUUUGUACACUCCUGUUAAACAAGAAAGUGUUUUGUCUUUCUAUUUGUCCGGUGCAGUAGCGGGAUUUGUCUCAAUCCUAGUUUCCCACCCUGCCGAUACAGUAAAGGUGAGACUGCAAUGAGCAGAAGCAAGCGUCAGAGCUUCAACUGUGUGAAGAUCUAUCUACCAGAAGAGCGGAUUCCGGGGCUUCUUCAGCGGAGUGAGUGCUCCACUGUUCUUCAGGUCUCCGAUUACUGCCUGGUUCUUUACUUCGCACGAGCUAAUCAAGCCAAGACUGGAAGUCUUCGGGUGGCAAAGAGACAUCACCAACUUUCUCUGUGGCGCCUGGGCUGGAAGCACUUUGCUACCCAUUCUAGUCCCGAUCGAACUGUUCAAAUGAAAAUCUCAGAGCGACAAGACCGGGAGAUACAACAUGGCCAAAGACUUCAAGCACAUUAUGCGGACUGAAGGCCCAAAAGGACUUUACAAGGGUACCGCUAGUACCUUCUUGAGAGAAUCGCCUGGAUCUGGACUGCUGUUCAUGCUCAAGGACAAGUUCGACCGAGUCUUUAAAGUCGACCAGGAGCAGAAUCACUCGAAGCUGAUUGCCAAGAAGAUCAUGACAGGCGGAAUGGCAGGAAUACUUGCCUGGUGAGGAUCCAUCCCGCUAGACACUAUCAAGAGUAUAAUUCAGACUUCUCCUGUGAAAAGGAGAAUUCCAGAAGUCACGAUCGAACUCUACAGGGCGGGUGGACUCUAUAGCAUGUAUAGAGGUCUGAUCCCUCAAUGUUUCAGGAUUUUUCCUGGAAUGUCGAGCCUUUUACUUACUUAUGAAGUCUUUAAGAACUUCAUGAACUAAGAAGGUCUGGGAAGCUAGAUAUGGCCUCUAAAUUGAUUUCAGCCCUAGAGCGAGGUCGUCGUUCAAAGACAGACAGAAACGGGAAUAUUUACUACCAAGUAGAUUGAGCAAGAAAGAAUUUAAAUCAAAGGAUGGAUGAUAUCAUUGCUCCAAAAUAUUUCUGUUUCCUUCUGAAAGGAACGAAUUGGGCAUAAUACUAUGUUUUCAUAACAUUU